CUCAGCUUCUUUAACAACCCUGAGAGCGUACCAGUCUAUUCACGGAAGAUGACUAAGAGAACCAAGAAGGGUGGUAUUGUUGGAAAGUAUGGUACCCGUUACGGUGCAAGUUUGAGAAAACAAAUCAAGAAAAUGGAAGUAAGUCAGCACAGCAAGUUCUUCUGUGAAUUUUGUGGCAAGUACGCUGUGAAGAGAAAAGCAGUUGGUAUUUGGGGGUGCAAGGACUGUGGGAAGGUCAAAGCUGGCGGUGCUUACACAUUGAACACGGCUAGUGUUGUCACUGUUAGAAGCACGUACCAUCAGAAGGCUCCGUGAGCAGACUGAGAAUUAGAAUGAUUUUUGGAGUUUUUAAAUUGAAUGGGCUUGUAUCUUGUCUUUGUUGCUUUAAAGUUUGCUUUUCAUCCCAAAUACAUUGCAAUUAGGUGAAAGCUUUAUCUUAGUUGACUCUGUACUGAGUUGUUUUUAUUGAACAAUUUUAAUUAUAAUGUUCUCCUGUUAA